ACCUUGAGACAAGAGGAUGCUCCUCUCUCAAACCCACUGCCGUCUCAGUGGUGGAAAUGCUGGAGUUGGGGAGGGUCGACUUUGAGGUGACAUUGACGCUAUGUAGAUGAGAGUGAGGAUCCUGCGCUGCAUGUUACGUCCCUGCGCGCUUCAACUCAGACGGCGGCAGCUCCUUUCCCCGUCUUCUCUCCCCUCCUCUCUUUCAGCACCACUCCUUUAAGGACAGCACCUCGCUCUCAAAGACGCAUUUGUCCACCAACCUUCCCCCUUCAGGAUCAUAUAUUUGCUCGUUGGCUCUUGGAUGCAAAGUUUUGAUCUCAGUUUUAUUUAGCUCAACUGCGAGGAACUAACUUUUCUGAUAAAAUAAGGAUUUUUUUUUUUCCCAUUGGGGAUAUAAUCUGGCAAAGUGCAGAUUUCACUGGCGUCUGGGCUGCUGCUGAGGUGCCUCUGCUCCUGCUCAUAAUUGCUCACACUACCCGAUCAUUCGCCCUUCCUCGGCUGUUCUCUGGGAAUUGGGAGUACUGGACGGAUACGCUACAGUCUGUCUGGACCGGUGCUGAAACCCCCUCCUCUCCACUGGUCAGGACUGUCCGACACACUCCGUGACCAUGGCUACCAACGGGACCAAAGCCUCGGACGGGCACGUCUUAACGGAGACGGUCAAUGACGCGCCCACCACCACACCAAACGACAAACCCAAAACCUUGGUGGUGAAAGUGCAAAAGACGAAAAAGGACAUACCCGAAAGAGAAACGUGGGGUGGAAAAUUUGACUUUCUUCUUUCUUGUGUCGGAUACGCAAUCGGACUCGGGAAUGUCUGGCGAUUUCCUUACCUAUGUGGAAAAAACGGCGGAGGGGCCUUCUUGAUUCCAUACUUUUUGACCCUCAUAUUUGCCGGCAUGCCCUUGUUCUUUCUGGAGACGGCCCUGGGUCAGUAUACUUCCAUUGGAGGUCUUGGAGUGUGGAAGCUGGCCCCAAUGUUCAAAGGUGUGGGUCUGGCUGCUGCAGUUCUGUCCUUUUGGCUCAAUAUCUAUUACAUUGUUAUUAUUUCCUGGGCUCUUUACUAUCUGUACAACUCCUUCACUGCAGAUCUGCCAUGGCAGACUUGUGGCAAUCCCUGGAACACAGAACGCUGCUUCAACAACUAUAGCAUUCCUGACACCACAAACUACACCAGCGCCGUGGUGGAGUUCUGGGAACGUAACAUGCACCAGCUGACCGAUGGUCUGGAGAAACCUGGGGAGAUCAGGGUCCCACUGGCCAUCACACUCGCCAUUGCAUGGGUGCUCGUCUAUUUCUGUAUCUGGAAGGGGGUCAGCUGGACAGGCAAAGUGGUGUACUUCUCCGCCACGUAUCCCUACUUCAUGCUGUUCAUCCUGUUCUGCCGUGGCCUCACUUUACCUGGCGCUUUUGAUGGGAUCCUCUUCUACAUCACACCAGACUUCGACAAACUCAAGGAGUCUGAGGUGUGGCUCGAUGCUGCCACUCAGAUCUUCUUCUCCUACGGGUUGGGAUUAGGCUCUCUGAUUGCUCUCGGCAGCUACAAUCCCUUCAAUAACAACGUGUACAGAGAUUCUGUCAUUGUCUGCUGCAUCAACUCCUUCACCAGUAUGUUCGCCGGCUUUGUCAUCUUCUCCAUCGUGGGAUUCAUGGCCAACAUAACAAAGAGGCCCAUCGCUGAUGUGGCAGCCUCAGGGCCGGGCUUGGCUUUCCUGGCGUAUCCUGAGGCCGUCACCCAGCUGCCCAUCUCUCCACUCUGGGCAAUUCUCUUCUUCUCCAUGUUGCUGAUGUUGGGAAUCGACAGCCAGUUCUGCACGGUGGAAGGCUUCAUCACCGCCCUGGUGGAUGAAUUCCCUCAUGUCCUCCGAAAGCGCCGAGAGCUCUUCAUCGCAGCCGUCUGCCUGGUUUCUUACAUUAUCGGCCUGUCCAACAUCACACAGGGCGGCCUGUAUGUGUUCAAGCUAUUUGACUACUACUCUGCCAGCGGGAUGUCCCUGCUUUUCCUGGUCUUCUUUGAGUGCAUUUCAAUUUCAUGGUUCUACGGUGUAAACAAGUUUUAUGACAACAUUGAGGAGAUGGUGGGCUACAGGCCCUGCCUGUGGUGGAAGGCCUGCUGGGUUGUUUUCACUCCGCUCAUUGUGGCUGGAGUCUUCAUCUUCAGUGCCGUCCAGAUGGUUCCCCUCACCAUGGGCGACUACGUGUUCCCGUCCUGGGGUCAGGGGGUCGGCUGGUGCAUGGCGCUCUCCUCCAUGAUCCUCAUCCCUGGCUACAUGGGCUACAUGUUCCUCACACUCAAAGGCACAUACAAAGAGCGUCUGCGGAUGAUGAUCAAGCCCUUGGUGCUGGUGAAGGCUCAGGAAAACGGCCCGGACCAGCAGACAGACAACCAGAAUCAAAACCCCGCCAACGAGGAGGCCUACAUCUAAACGGCUCGGCUCGGCGCGUCUCCUCCGUCUCGCCACGACGGCGCUCCACUACAGAAGAAACGUAAUCAAGGUUGGGAACGACCACUAGACUUCUACGUCUGCUUUUAUUCACCUACCUCCUGGGGACACGUGAAACCAACCUGAUUACACAGUUAUUUUUAGGGGUUUUUCUGUUUGUUUAUUUGUAUAAUACAGAGUUAUAAAACUUAUGAAGAAAAAUAAAUCACCCAGCAAAGUUGUUGUGAUAUUAUGAAUUUCAUUAUGCAAAAAAGUUAGUCUUUUUAGAAAAGGAGAUGUGACUUAGGAAAUUACUGUAUAUUGAAUAUAUAUAAUUUAAAUCUGGAGGCCCACUUUGAUUCAAUAGUAUUGUGCUUUGAUGAUAUUAAUCUACUAAACUCUGAUUACUGUACAAAGAAAAAUAUUGGUAAAAUGCAUUUUGCUUUUACACAAAAUGACUACAUUACAAUGAGAGCUGGUGGAUAAAAUGCAAUUCGAAAGCUUGUAAAUUUAAUGAUGACGAAUUUAAGGCAAAGACAAUGUGGGAAUGUGCAACAGGUAAGGCCAAAUCUGCUUGUAUGUGUAAAGUAUAAUUUAGCCAGACUAUCACUCCCUUGCAGAAAGCUGCACUCUGCCUGAAAUGUUUACCGCCCACGUCUGGGGAUCCGUUUGAAAAGCACAAGUACAGUCUGGAAUUUCUCAAGUGUCCAACUUCUGUUUGGCAUGAUUGAAACCUGUGACAACAGCAAAAAUAACCUACAUAGGAUACAUAGCAAGAGACUGUUAUAAUUGUUUCUUUGUUUUCUAAAGAACAAUAACUUUGUAUGUUGUCUGAAUCUUUUUUGUAGAAUCAUUUUUAGCUUAUUUUCUAUGUGUGAGACUGAGAAGGACCAAAAUCGAGCUCUGGUUUAAAAAACA